AUGCAACAUCCCUACGAGACCACUGACUUCCUCUUGUUGAGAGCAAUUUGUAUACCGUCCUCGUGUCCUUCGCGCAAAAAUGUACUGACAGAAUUCCUAGCCAAGCCUGGCAGAGAAGCUCAGGUUGGUGCAUCCUCAAUUUCCGCCCUCCCCCUGUUUCUCACACCUGCCACUUUGCGCCCGAUGACCCCCUCCUUGGGGCGGGACACUAUGCACCAAGUAGCACAUGGGUAUAGUAUCCUCUUGCAUAAAUGGAUUGGCGUGAGGAGGGUCCCUCUGCAUGGCAGCCUCCUCCAUGGAUUCUUUAGCAACAUACGCAUUCGGAGGAAUAAGACGGUGUUGCCUCUCCCACCUGGUCCUCCAGCCUAUCCGAUCAUUGGGCAUCUUAGAGCAUUCUCUUUUACUCGUCAGCCUGAGCUCUUCCGCGAAUGGACGGCUAAAUACGGAGAUAUUUUCCAUUUGCGUAUUUUAGGCCGCAACAUUGUGAUCCUGAAUUCUUUACAAGUCGCGACUGACCUCAUGGAUAAGCGGGGUGCCAAGUACAGUGACAGGCCACCAGGUAUCAUGUUCCAGCUCAUGGGAUGGGAUGCGAACAUCACGUUCAUGGAAUAUGGCUCGCGCUGGAAGAAGCAUCGGAAGAUUUUCCGGACAUACUUCAGCGAGAAGGAGUGUCUCACGUAUCGCGCGCAACAGACCCGCGCAGCCCAUGUGCUUCUGAAAGAUUUGCUACUACUCCCCCACGACUUUGCUGCAUUGGCGCUACGGUUUGCUAUGCGGAGCCUCUUGGAGAUAACAUACGGCCACGAGGUGCAUUCUGACAACGACAUCUAUGUAAAGCUCACGGAAGACGCUCUGCACGGCGUCAAUGAGGCGAAGCUGGGUGCCUCGUUGGUUGACCUCUUCCCGUUCUUGGCCUACCUUCCGCACUGGUUGCCUGGAUGUUCGUCACUCACCGCCGCAGCACGACGUUGGCGGCCUGCCACUAGGAAAGUGCACGAUUAUCCAUUCAAUGACGUGUGGAAGCAGGUGGAAGCAGGGAUCGCUCAACCGUCUUUCCUCUCUUCACAUCUGGAGCGAUUCAAUCUGGAAGAUGCCAAGGAGUAUGAUCUGGAUGACCUCAAGGGCGCCGCUGCCACCAUCCUCGCUGGCAAGUUAUCUCGCUUAUACGUGCAGCUGUACCCCAUCUGA